AUGGAGCCGCAGUGGCAGACAUAUCAGGAGCCCUCCGGAGGGCGUGCUGGGCAGUACAACAAUGGGCUGGGCUCUCAUCCCCCACAGCUGACUCCCAAGUACUCUGGACAGCCGCAGCAGACCCAACCACCGCUGGGAUACACAUACGAGAGCUACCAGACGCCUACAGCGGCCGCGAAAGCCCCAUCGAUGGGAUCACAUUCGAAAUCGGUCUCUAUGGCAUCGUCGCCAGCCGCGACGCCACACAGCAGAGAUUAUGUCACCGACGCAGACACCCCCAUGGAGGACGCCGAUCCCUACAAUCGAUCGAAAUAUCCGACCAGGUCAAGCCAACACAUUCGUCUUUCAUCUCAAUAUUUCCCGAACGAGGAGUCGUCGGCUGCGCGCAAGUAUUCGCCGAUGAACGUCCUCUCGCCGCCUGCUCCCUAUAACGCAAGCCCCGGGAAGACUCAGAGCUCGCACGGGUUCCCUUCAUCGGGGACAAACAGCUCUCGACAGUCGCCUACGCGAGUGAACAACUACUCGUCACCUUCUCAGGUCUAUCAGUCGCCGCCUUCUGCUUCGCGAGCUCCCCGGCUACCGCCUGUCCAGUCGACAGAUAUGAGUCCAGAACGAUUCUACCCUCAAUCAGCGACUGUCCAGCUCAAUGCAGCGUUCGGGCAAGAUAUAAACCUGCCGCAUCCUGUUUCGCAGCAGAACACGCCCCAAAAGCCGGCUGCUGGUCGUGGUCCAAUACCCAAAUUCAAGAAGAUCAGUUCGACUCAGGAGCUUCAACCAAGAAUAAACGCGCAACCUCCCUAUAGGCGUGCUAAUCCGGAGGGAGGCUUCAUUAGCCCGCUGCAAGCAUUGACAACGCACCUUCCGGCAACCUACCGGAUAUGCAACCCCACGUUCAAAUAUGAGUCGUCCAGGAACCCUAGACGGGUGUUGACGAAACCGAGCAAGGGCGUCAAGAACGAUGGCUAUGACAACGAGGAUAGUGACUAUAUCCUCUAUGUGAACGAUAUCCUCGGCAGUGAGGAAGGAGGCCAUAAGAACCGAUAUCUCAUUCUGGACGUUCUGGGUCAGGGAACCUUUGGCCAGGUUGUGAAGUGCCAGAACCUGAGAACCCAGGAAGUGGUUGCCGUCAAAGUUGUCAAGAAUAAAACAGCGUACUUCAACCAGAGUAUGAUGGAAGUCUCUGUUCUGGACUUGCUCAACAGCAAGUACGACAAGAACGAUGACCACCACAUUCUGCGCUUGAAAGAUACCUUCAUUCACCGGCAACAUCUGUGUCUGGUGUUUGAGCUGCUCAGCGUGAACCUUUACGAGCUCAUCAAGCAGAACCAAUUCCGUGGACUGAGCACGACACUCGUUCGAGUAUUCGCGCAGCAACUAUUGAAUGGGCUGAGUCUUCUGAACAAAGCUCGCUUGAUCCACUGUGAUCUGAAGCCGGAAAAUAUACUACUGAAAAAUCUGGAAAGCCCUAUCAUCAAGAUCAUCGAUUUCGGAUCUGCUUGUGACGAGAGACAGACGGUCUAUACUUAUAUUCAAUCCCGAUUCUAUCGAUCCCCCGAAGUUCUCCUAGGACUGCCAUAUUCCUCGGCUAUCGAUAUGUGGUCGCUUGGUUGUAUUGUCGUCGAGCUGUUUCUCGGUCUUCCUCUCUUCCCUGGUUCUUCCGAGUAUAAUCAGGUCUCACGCAUAGUCGAGAUGUUGGGCAUGCCGCCUACGUGGAUGCUGGAAAUGGGAAAGCAGUCGGGAGAGUUUUUCGAAAAGACGCAAGAUGAAUAUGGAAGAAAGUCAUAUCGGCUAAAAAGCAUGGAGCAAUACUCUCGCGAGCAUAACACCAAGGAACAGCCAAGCAAGAAGUAUUUCCAGGCAUCGACAUUGGAAGAGAUCAUUCGCAGCUAUGCGAUGCCGAGGAAGAACAUGAAACCUGCGGAGGUCGAACGAGAACUCAACAAUCGGGUCGCUUUUAUCGACUUCGUGCGUGGCCUUCUUAGUAUCAACCCUCUUGAAAGAUGGUCACCACAACAAGCAAAGCUUCACCCGUUCAUCACACAGCAGAAGUUCACCGGGCCCUUCGUUCCGCCCAUGAACCUCAGGUACUCGUCCGUUAACAAGACUGUCGCCCCGGGAGUCCAGCAGCAACAACAAGCGGAGGCUGCAAGCAAGCAGAGGGCAGCUCAGGCAGCUCAGGCCCAGGCUCAGUCAGCCGCACAAUCCGCAUACGCGAUGCAGAUGGGCUACCACUCGCCGUCGCAUAAUCAGGCUCCGCCUAUGUACAACGGCAUCUACACCGGUCAUCAGCAGGGCGCCCCUCCGCCUCCGUAUGGAUCUCAGCCGCCGGGAUACCCCCAUCAGAUGGGUAUGAUGCAAGGUCAAAUGCCCCAGUCCCAGUAUGCUCCUUCUCAGAGUCUGUUUGCGCAAGCGACGACUAGGGCUGGUCGCCAGCGCGCUUCGACCAUGGAUCAACAGCAAGGCGGAAUACCUCCUACUAUCCAGCGUGUCGCCAGUCAUUUGGACCCCAACGCCCCUAUUCGCCUACAGCCCAGUCCGGCUUACUAUCCGCCACCUCCUGACGGAUAUGGGGAAUCUAGCGCUGCGAGUACUAGACGGCGCGGCAGCCGAGCCGGUGCAGGUCACCGCAGUAGAGACUUCAUCCGUACCCUUGAAGAUGGAGCCCUUGGCGACGGGUUCAUGAACCAGAACCAGUGGCACUGA